GCUGAUGAACUGGAUUCAAACAAAGCUUCCAGAUUUACCUAUAAAAAACUUCACAACAGACUGGAACAGUGGAAAAGCAGUCGGUGCUUUGGUUGAUGCUGUAGCUCCUGGAUUAUGUCCAGAUUGGCAAGACUGGGAUAACCGAGAAGGAGUGAAAAAUGCCUCCGAGGCUAUGAAUCUCGCCGAUGAUUGGCUAAACGUUCCCCAACUUAUUAAGCCUGAAGAAAUAGUCAACCCAAAUAUUGACGAACAAUCCAUGAUGACAUAUUUGUCGCAGUAUCCUAACGCCAAGCUCAAACCUGGUGCACCGUUGAGACCUAGAACAAAUGUAAAUAAGGUACGAGUCUAUGGCCCAGGUAUCGAACCCACUGGCCCAGUAGUGGGUGCUCCAGCUAUUUUCACUGUUGAAACCUUCUCCGCAGGACGUGCUGACGUAGAAGUAAUCGUUGAGAAUCCACGGGGACAGAGAGAACCCGCAGAUGUUAAAUUUAAUAAUGAUAAGAACUUGACGUACACAGUUUCAUAUCAACCACAGAUGGAAGGGACCCAUACAAUAUACGUUCUUUUCUCAGGGAGGAAUUCACCAAAGAGCCCUUACCAUGUUAAAGUGGAGGGAUUUGCAGGAGACGCCUCCAAAGUUACAGCCUCUGGGCCUGGACUGCUGCAUGAUGGUGUUCAUCCAAACAGACCUACUUAUUUUGAUAUUUUCACCAAAAAUGCUGGAAAUGGCGUUCCUGAAGUAAUAAUCUUAGAUCCGUCUGAAAAUAAGAGUACCGUUCCUGUUAAGGUUCAACAGACAGCUCCUGAUGUAUGGCGCUGCGGCUACGUCUCCCCACUUCUUGGUCUACAUUCCGUUAAUAUAUUUUUCGCUGGUAAACCCAUUCCAAAUAGUCCGUUCGGGGUAAGAGUUUCCCCAGCAUCAGAUGCUCGCAAAGUCAAAGCAAGUGGGCGUGGGCUUCAGCCGCAUGGCAUUAGAGUAAAGGAUGAAGCCGACUUUAAGAUUCACACUGAAGGAGCUGGUGAAGGAGUUCCAGAAAUUCAAAUAAUAGGUCCAGAUGGUAUAUAUGAAAACUGUACUCUUAAAAAGUUGGAUGAGCAUACAUAUCAAGCCGUUUAUCGUCCCCUAAAAGAAGGAAAAUACGUUAUUAUGAUCAAAUUUGGUGGAAAUGAAAUAUACAAAUCUCCAUUUGAAAUUAAUGUGGGACCCUAUAAAGAAACACUUAUUAAGGCUUAUGGACCGGGGUUGAAAGGAGGAUUAGUCAGCUCCGCAGCUGUUUUUACAGUUGAAACAAAUGGAGAAACAGGAGCUUUAGGCUUUAGUAUACAAGGUCCUUCACAAGCUAAAAUAGAAUGCCUUGACAAUGGCGAUGGCUCAGCAGAUGUUAAAUAUUACCCUACUGCACCUGGUGAAUACGCUGUACAUAUUCUAUGUGACAAUGAAGACAUUCCUGGUAGUCCGUAUAUUGCUCAAAUUUUGCCCCAUACAGAUUACUAUCCUGAAAAAGUCCAUGUUAGCGGACCAGGUGUUCAGUCAAGUGGAGUUCACACCAAUACUCCGACUAAAUUUGUUAUAGAUACUAGGGAAGCUGGUCCUGCCCCCUUGGAUGUAAAGGUCUGUGAUGCAAACUUGAAUAAUGUAAAAGUAAAGUUAAUUCAAAAGGAUGACGGCUCAUUUGAAGGUAUAUACACUCCUACAAGCUCAAAUAGACAUACGGUUCAAGUUAACUAUGGAGGUGUAGCUGUGAAAAACUCUCCGUUCAGAGUAUAUGUUGAAGAACCAUUAGACGCUGCUAGAGUUCAGUGUUUCGGACCUGGUCUUCAAGAUGGCGUCAAAGCAAAUACUCCUACUCAUUUCAACAUCGAUGCAAGACAAGCUGGCGACGGUGAUCUGGAUGUCCAUCUAAUCAACGAAAGCACCCGAGAAGAAGUUCCUCUGAAACUGACCGACCACGGUGAUCAAACCUAUACUGUGGAUUAUGAAACUGUUCUAGCGGGGACACACAAACUCACCGUUCACUACGGAGGACAAAAGGUACCUAGUACCCCAAUUAAGUUUAAAGUAGAGCCCAAUGUUGACGUAUCCAAAAUUAAAGUGGACGGUUUGGAGCAAACGGCCCCAGUCAACAGUCUACAACAAUUCCGAGUCAUAACUCAAGACGCUGGUAAAGCCGAAUUCUCCAUAGCAAUAACUAGCCCAUCAGGAAGCAAAGUCAAAGCACACGUAAUCCCCACCCACGAGGGAUAUCUCGUUAAUUUUACACCAACACAGUUAGGAGAAUAUUUACUAGGAAUUUCUUUUGGUGGGGAGCCUAUUUCGCAUAGACCGUUCAGGCUGACUUGCUUAACGGGCUCAGAUCCCUUAAAAGUAAAAGCCACUGGCCCUGGAUUACACAGGGGCAUAGUGAACAGACCUGCCGAAUUUAUGAUAGAUACUCGAGGCGCAGGUCAAGGAGGCCUUGGAGUCACCGUCGAAGGACCUUGCGAAGCAGCGAUUAAUUGUAGAGAUAACGGUGACGGUACUUGCUCAGUGGCGUACUUACCUACUGAAAUUGGGGAUUACGGAAUAAAUAUUACUUUUAAUGAUCAACAUAUACCUGGAAGUCCGUUUCAGGCUAUUAUUGUACCCGAUGUAGACAUGAGCAGGAUAAAGGUGUCUGGCAGUGGAGUCCAGUUGCAUGGUGUGCAUGUAGACUCUCCAACUGAUUUUAUAGUGGAUACCAGAAGCAUUCCAAAAUCGAGUGACGAUGGUAAAUUGACAUGCACAAUAACCAGCCCAUCAGGUGCGCAAGUCGAAAAAUUAAUAAUACCUUUAAUCGACGGUACCUAUAAAGUAAGUUAUACUCCUUUCGAAGAAGGAAAACAUACAAUAGAUAUUUUCUACGAUAACGUACCUGUACCAGGUUCUCCGUUUAUCGUUAAUGUCAGAAGAGGAUGUGAUGCUAGAAAGUGUCAUGCGUAUGGUCCUGGACUUCAAAAGGGAAUCCUUAAUAAAUCAAAUAUGUUUACUGUGGAAACUAAAGAAGCUGGAACCGGAGGUCUCUCUCUUGCUAUUGAAGGACCUUCAGAAGCUAAAAUGACUUGCAAAGAUAACAGAGACGGAUCUUGCUCUGUAGAAUAUAUACCAACCGAACCUGGUGAAUACGAUAUUUCAAUCAAGUUUACUGAAAAUCACAUACCGGGCUCUCCAUUUAAAGUCUCAGUAGAACCAGAAACAAACGAGCACUUAGUAAAAGCCUAUGGUCCUGGUUUGGAGAAAUCCAAUUGUAGAUCGGGAAUACCUACAAGUUUUACAAUUGACGCUUCUAAAGCUGGGCCGGCUCCUGUAGCCGUCAAUAUAACCUCAGAUUCCAAACCUCUCUCAAAGAGACCUGAAAUAGUAGACAACAGCGAUGGUACUUUUACAGUGACGUACAUCCCUCCCAACGAAGGCGCUAACUUACAAACACAAAUUCUUUACAAUGACAAAAAUAUUCCCAACAGCCCAUUCCCCGUUCAUGUCAAACCUACAGUGGAGCCAGAGAAAGUUAAAUUCAGUGGACCAGCCAUUUUUGACCAAGGCAUUCCUGCCUCCAUUCCGACAACUGUUAUGGUCGACACAAAUGAAGCAGGUUAUGGGGAAUUAGAUGUCAAGAUUAUUGGUCCUGAUGGCUCACAGAGGCCUGUAAAGCUCACAGAUAAUGGCGACGGUACUUACAGUGCAACAUUUGUGCCUGAUGACUGCGGGCGGUAUAAACUUGAUGCCAAAUAUGGAGACAAAGAGGUUUUGAAGAGCCCCAUUGCCAUUCAAGCAUAUGCCAUCGGAAAUGCUGACAAAUGCAAGAUUACAGAAGGUUUAGAAAAAAAUCUGGCUAGCGGCCAGCCUUACCAUAUAAUUGUUAACACUGAAAAGGCUGGAGCAGGGAAAAUUACGUGUAAAAUCAAGUCCGUUGACGGAGGAGAUCUGGAUAUUAAUAUAGUAGAUAAUGGGGACAAUACUGUCACUAUCUAUUACACCGUGGCAGAUGCUGGGGAAUAUACCAUCAAUAUUAAGUUCGGCGGUCAAAGCGUACCUGGAGGUUUCUACACUUUAGUGGCUGAAAAGACUAGCGAAGUUAUCACCCACAGCGAAGUUCACGAACAAGUAACCAGUACACAGACCACCAAACAGCAAGUAUUUAGGCCAGUUGAACUUAGUAAAAUCCCACUUCUCAGUACCGGAGGAAACGUAACAGCCGAAAUAAAGAUGCCCAGCGGAAACAUUGACAAACCAAUUAUCGAAGACAAUCGUGAUGGUACUGUAACUAUAAAAUACGAUCCUCGUGAGGAAGGUGUUCACGAAUUAGCUGUGAAAUUCAAUGGAGAACAUGUCCAAGGUUCACCCUACAAAAUCCACGUAGACUCAAUUAGUUCUGGUUACGUAACUGCGUAUGGUCCCGGCCUUACCCAUGGCGUUACUGGAGAACCCAGCAACUUCACUAUUUCCACCAAAGGAGCCGGAGCUGGAGGCUUGUCAAUGGCCGUAGAAGGUCCCAGUAAAGCUGAAAUCAGCUGUCAUGACAACAAAGAUGGUACCGUUUCGGUAUCGUACCUUCCCACAGCUCCUGGAGAGUACAAGAUUUCGGUUAGAUUUGGAGACAAACAUAUUAAAGGAUCUCCAUUCAACGCUAAAAUCACUGGAGAGGGUAGAAAAAGGAACCAAAUCUCUGUCGGUUCAUGUAGCGAAGUAUCCUUACCUGGUGGUAAAAUCUCUGAUGCAGAUAUCAGAUCUCUUAAUGCUUCCAUUCAAGCACCCAGUGGUUUAGAAGAACCAUGUUUCCUUAAGCGACUUCCUACAGGAAACAUUGGCAUAUCAUUUACCCCCAGGGAAAUAGGAGAACACGUAGUCAGCGUAAAAAAAAUGGGUAACCACAUUACGAAUUCCCCGUUCAAAAUUAAUGUUUGUGAAAGAGAAGUAGGAGACGCCAAAAAAGUUAAAGUUACUGGUGGUGCUCUAAAAGAAGGCAAAACUCAUCAAGAUAACACCUUUACUGUUGACACCAGGAACGCUGGUUUUGGUGGUUUGUCACUAUCAAUUGAAGGACCUAGUAAAGCUGAAAUACAAUGUAAUGAUAACACCGAUGGCACAUUAAACAUUUCAUACAAACCAACUGAACCUGGCUAUUAUAUUGUAAACCUUAAAUUCGCCGACCAUCAUUUAGAAGGAUCGCCAUUCACUGUUAAGGUCACUGGUGAAGGUUCCAACAGACAACGUGAGAAGAUCCAAAGGCAGAGGGAAGCUGUACCAGUUACCGAAGUCGGUAGCCAGUGUAAAUUGACAUUCAAAAUGCCUGGCAUUACGUCAUUUGAUUUAAGUGCUACAGUAACGUCACCUGGUGGUGUAACAGAAGAUGCAGAAAUUAAUGAAGUCAAAGAUGGUUUAUAUGCUGUCCACUUCGUACCCAAAGAAUUAGGAGUUCACACUGUCUCAGUCAGAUACAAGGACAUUCAUAUUCCAGGCUCUCCAUUCCAAUUUACUGUAGGUCCAUACAGAGAUCACGGAGCUCAUUUGGUAAAAGCAGGAGGUGCUGGCUUAGAAAGAGGUGAACAAGGUGAACUUAACGAAUUUAAUGUCUGGACAAGAGAGGCUGGCAGUGGUCAAUUGGCCAUUUCAGUUGAAGGACCCAGCAAAGCUGAGAUCAACUUCUCUGACCGCAAAGAUGGUUCGUGCGAUGUUUCAUACAAAGUAUCAGAACCCGGUGAAUACCGCAUUGGCUUGAAAUUCAACGACGAGCAUGUUCCAGACUCACCAUUCAAAGUAUACAUUUCACCUGCUGUAGGAGAUGCUCAUUUACUCGAAGUAGCUCAAUUCCCUGAAGGUUGUAUCCAAGCAGACAAACCAUCUCAAUUUAUUGUUAGAAGAAAUGGAGCCAAGGGAGACUUGGACGCCAAAAUUAUUGGACCUUCAGGACAUGAAGACGAUUGCUUUGUCCAAAUCAUUGAUAUGGAAGAAUACUCCAUCCGAUUUAUGCCAAGAGAAAACGGUAUUCACAAAAUUCACGCCAAGUUUAAUGGAGUACAUAUACCUGGAUCCCCAUUCAGUGUUAAAGUUGGUAAGGACACUGCUGACCCAGCUGCUGUUCACGCCAGUGGAAAUGGACUAAAGGAAGUUAAAACUGGUGUAAAGACCGAUUUUAUCGUUGAUACCGUGAAUGCUGGUAGUGGUACCUUAGCGGUAAACAUUGACGGUCCCAGUAAAGUAUCGAUGGAUUGUACAGAAGUAGAAGAAGGAUACAAAGUCAGAUAUACCCCACUAGCCCCAGGAGACUACUACAUUAGUAUUAAAUAUAACAAUCACCAUAUUGUUGGUUCACCUUUCAAGGUAACAAGUAAAGGUGACAAAAAAGUAGCUGAUAUUGGUGGUCAGGAAUCAUCUUCGACAGUGGUAGAGACUGUAGCCAAAACAGGAAAAGCAAAUAACAACAAAGGACCGGUUUUGCCCGCUUUCAAAAGUGACGCAUCCAAAGUGCUAUCAAAGGGAAUGGGAUUAAAGAAAGCAUAUCUAGGAAAACAGAAUCAAUUUACAGUUUCAGCACAGAAUGCAGGUGUGAAUAUUCUUUUCGUUGGAAUCCACGGACCAAAAGGCCCAUGUGAGGAAGUAUUUAUUAAACAUCAAGGACACAAUCAGUAUGCUGUUAAUUAUAUGGUUAGAGAUAGAGGCGACUACCUAGUAAUAGUAAAAUGGGGGGACGAUCAUAUCCCUGGUUCUCCUUUUAAAGUGGAAGUUUAG